AUGGCAGAUAAUGUCGGUGUCGGAGUUCCAAAAACAGGCUCGCGGUCAUCCACGUCGCUUCCCCCAGAGCCGAUCGAGAUCAUCCGCACCAAAGCCCGCACCAGAAGAGUGCGGAUCAACGUAGGAGGCCUGAACCACGAGGUGCUAUGGCGGACUCUGGACCGGCUCCCACGUACACGUCUGGGGAAGCUGCGUGACUGCAACACGCACGAGUCUCUCAUGGAGGUGUGCGAUGAUUACAGCCUGAACGAGAAUGAGUACUUCUUCGACCGGCAUCCGGGCGCCUUCACGAGCAUCCUGAACUUCUAUCGUACAGGGAAGCUGCACAUGAUGGAGGAGAUGUGCGCGCUCUCGUUCGGACAGGAGCUCGAUUACUGGGGAAUCGAUGAGAUUUAUCUGGAGUCGUGCUGUCAGGCGCGCUAUCACCAGAAAAAGGAGCAGAUGAACGAGGAGCUGCGAAGGGAAGCCGAGACGCUGCGUGAGAGGGACGGAGAGGGUGAGUUUGACCACUCCUGCUGUCCGGAGAAGAGGAAGAAACUGUGGGAUCUUCUGGAGAAGCCGAACUCCUCAGUCGCUGCUAAGAUUCUGGCCAUCAUUUCCAUCCUCUUUAUCAUCCUCUCUACCAUCGCUUUGUCCCUGAACACGCUUCCUGAGCUUCAGGUGAUGGAUGAGUUUGGUCAGGCGAACGAUAAUCCUCAGCUGGCCCAUAUCGAGGCAGUUUGCAUCGCCUGGUUCACUAUGGAGUACCUGCUGCGCUUCCUGUCUUCACCCAACAAGUGGAAAUUCUUUAAAGGACCUCUAAAUGUAAUUGACUUGUUAGCCAUUUUACCUUACUAUGUCACUAUAUUCCUGACAGAGUCGAACAAGAGCGUGCUGCAGUUCCAGAACGUGCGGCGCGUGGUGCAGAUUUUCCGCAUCAUGAGAAUCUUAAGGAUCCUUAAGCUGGCGAGACAUUCAACUGGACUCCAAUCACUUGGCUUUACUCUCAGGCGGAGCUAUAAUGAGCUUGGCCUGCUCAUAUUGUUCUUAGCAAUGGGAAUAAUGAUAUUCUCCAGCUUGGUAUUUUUUGCAGAAAAGGAUGAAGAUGCGACAAAGUUUACAAGCAUACCAGCUUCAUUUUGGUGGGCCACUAUCACCAUGACGACCGUUGGGUAUGGAGAUAUCUACCCACAGACACUGCUUGGUAAAAUAGUCGGUGGACUUUGCUGCAUCGCUGGCGUGUUGGUGAUCGCGUUACCAAUUCCCAUCAUUGUUAACAACUUCUCCGAGUUCUACAAGGAGCAAAAGCGUCAGGAGAAAGCGAUCAAGAGACGCGAGGCCUUGGAGCGAGCAAAGAGGAAUGGCAGCAUUGUCUCAAUGAACCUGAAAGAUGCCUUUGCUAGGAGCAUGGAGUUAAUGGAUGUUGUGGUGGAGAAAAGUGAAGACAAACCUUCAUUUGAUAAUCAUCUGUCUCCAAGCAGGUGGGGAACUCCAAAGCGUGCUUCCUCGGAUGCUAGUUUAAAACCAUUCGAUAGAAAGAUCGGAUCACGGGAAUGUUUUAAAAGCUCAAGUCCGCAGCAUCUUAAUGUCCAGAAACUGGAAGAAAUGUACAACCAGAUGAGCAAGGCACGAUCCUUAUCGGACCUUGACAAAAAUCAGACUGCUGCUGCGCGAAAGCAGGAAGCACAGAAUGCUAAAUCUGGCUGGCGACGGAAUAGACCUGUUUCAGAUGUCCCGCACAUGGCGAGUGUUGACAGCUUUUCCAGCUGCAAUGCUGAACUCAGAGAAACCAACAAGUCAAUCCAUAAAACAGCAGCUCAGCUUGAGCAAAGUCAAACGAAAGUGCCUCCACACUGGGACAAGAACUCAUCAGACACACUUAAACUCGGUCCAGAAGAGGACGAAGAGUUUGAUUACAGGUCUGAAAACCAAGUUAGCCAGGUAGCAUCCAAUGAUGAUGAUGAUGAAGAUGAUGAUGAGUGCUUUGAGGAGAACAGCACAAGUUUGGUGGAAAGUAGUCAUCUUGUUGAGACAACAUUGGACACGUUCCAAGUUAGUCCUGAUGAGGAAAGCCAAUUUGAUCAUAUGCCUAGUGGCCAAGAAACGUAUAUGGAAGAUGAAGAGCCUAUGGUGGACGACACGACAUGUUUAAUUCAAAGAAUUUGCCCAGGCAUGACUGUAAAUUUUAUAGAAACUACAGAUGACACUCCGCUGACGCCUCCAAGCACUUCCUCUGCUCAGGAACUCAGCAUCAGUCUUGCCCAAGACAACGACUCACCAGAGCAAGAGAGCUCACCACUUUUUCCCAGAUCAGUAAUGCUAGCUAGAAUCCCAGAACAAGGACUAAUCCUUUCGCCAAAGCUUCCAAUCAGUGAUUUCCAUCCAAACAAGACUUUAUCACUGCUUGAUGAACAUGAGCGAAUGUCCAUGGAGGAGGACAUGGCUGGGACUUCUGUUCCUUCACCCAUAUAUACUGCACAAAACUGCACUCAGGAUGGAGUAGUUGAGAGCGCAGAGGAAAAAACUGAAAGCAACCAAAGUGGACACAAAGUAGAGAACCACAUGUUUACGCCAGAAAUUCAUCUCAUGCCGGGAGAUGGGGAUAUUUCGCAAACUAGCAUGUGAAACGCUGGAAGAUGAGAAAAAAAGAGGCAUGGAGGUGUAGCGAAAGAUAUUUUUGCAUGGCAUGAAAAUGAAAAGGUCAUUAUAUUUGUGGCAUUGUCUGCAGGAAGUAAGCCAGUCUUCAUAGAAAAAGAAGAAAUCUAUCUUAAAAAAAAAAAAAAAAAAAACAUCCUGCUGUGUCAUACGAACUCGACAAAUGUAAAAGUAUAGGGGGACAAAAAGAGCAUGCAUUUAAAACGUAUGUUUACGGUGCUUAGUUUGCUGAAAGAGCUUCACUGUAAAUAAACUGAGGACUGAAUGAUGCACAUAGUCACACAGGACAGAAGAUUCAAAUCCAACCUAUUUAUUUAAAUACCGUGCUUCAAAGACUGAAAAGUUGCAAAACAGCAACAUACUGAAACAUAUCAUUACGCAGUAAUGCAAUGUGUACCAUGACAGA